UCAGAAAGCGUGUUCGUUCAUCACUUUCUUCGGCACUCACAGUUAGAUCUUCAUUUUUACAACUACCCGAAGCAAAAAGUCUAAUCUGAAUUCUCUCAAUGCCUCCCGUCGCUCCAAGGCCCGGCGACGCCAUUUUCGCCAGCGUUGAACGCGUGAAUGUGGAGCUCUUCACUCUGACUUACGGUGCUAUAGUGCGUCAGCUUCUCACCGAUCUGGAGGAGGUGGAGGAGGUCAACAAACAGCUCGAUCAAAUGGGCUAUAAUAUCGGGGUACGGCUAGUGGAUGAAUUUCUAGCGAAAUCUAAUGUAUCAAGAUGCGUUGAUUUUAAGGAAACAGCUGAAGUCAUUGCCAAGGUUGGAUUCAAAAUGUUCUUGGGGGUAACUGCGUCAGUCUCCAACUGGGAUGCUGAGGGAACAGCCUGCAGUAUAAUUUUGGAGGAUAAUCCUCUAGUAGAUUUUGUUGAGCUUCCUGAUACCUGUCAAGGUCUAUAUUAUUGCAACAUUUUAAGUGGAGUUAUCAGAGGAGCUCUUGAGAUGGUGUCAAUGAAAACUGAAGUCACAUGGCUGCGAGAUAUGCUUAGAGGAGAUGAUGCAUUUGAGUUGCAGGUGAAACUUCUGAAGCAAGUUCCCGAGGAGUAUCCAUACAAGGACGACGAGUAACAUGCUUCUUUUUCCUUUAGAGAUACAAUUACAAUCUACUAUUUUGUGUAAUUUUGCUCUUUUUUCAUGCAACUCUCAAUUCGAAUCCCUUUGCCCACAAAGUUUAGUUAAUAAUACUCGAAAAUUUCUUUUAUGCUAAUUUCAAAUGUAGACAUUUGGUGGUGUUAUUUGUUGGUUUGUUGUCUUGAAUGCUUCACGAGUAGAUAAAAUUAUCGCAAUACUUGUUUA